AUGAAUUCCUUGCUCCAAGUAUACAUUCACAUAGACAUGGAUGCUUAUUAUGCAUAGGCAGAAUAAAAACUCUUGAACAUCCCUGAAGAUCAACCCGUUUGUGCCAGAUAAUGGAAUAGUUUAAUAGCAAUUAAUUAUCCCGCCAGGGAUGCAGGGAUCAAAAGGGGAAUGUUGAGUGAAGAGGCCAUUAAACUAUGUCCCAAUGUGAUGUUGCCUCAUGUGGAAACAUUCAAAGUGAUCGACGGCAAGAUGGUAUUCUCGACUCUCAAAGACAAAUACAUUCAACAUAAUCAAUAUGAGGAGAAAGUGAGUCUCAGAUACUAUAGACAAGAAAGCAAACUCAUCUUCACGACCAUUAAAAGGUUUUGCAAUUGCGUUGAAAAGGGAGGAACAGAUGAAGGUUACAUCUAGGUUAGUGAGAAAGAACUUGAAGACAUAGAGGCUCAGCAAUUCUAUGGUCAUUUAAUGAAAGAGUUGCCUCAAGACUAUCAAUUAACAGAAUAGGAUCAUCUCUUAAGGAGAGCUUCCUUAUUGUGUCAGAACAUAAGAGAUGCCAUCUAUACAGAAACCAAGUAUAAAUGUAGUGCAGGAAUUUCUUUCAAUAAAAUGUUAGCCAAAUUAGCAUCAGCCACCAACAAACCCAACAAAUAGACUAUCAUCUUGGAAUGUAUGCUCCCAGAAUGUAUAUCUAAUAUCGGCAUCAAGAAAAUUAGAGGGUUCGGAGGGAAAGUACAAGAAGCACUUCUUGAAAGUGGACUAAAAACUGUUGGAUAGGCUUAGUCCCUAUCCAUUUAUGAACUUUAAUCUUUGUUCGGUGAUAAGGCUUAGUAUAUCUAUGAUAAAUUGAGAGGUUACGAUGAUGAACCGGUCAAAAAAGAAGUAGAUCUGAAAAACAAGUCUAUCUUAUCCUUAAAAAAUAUUAAGAAGACCUCCUCAAGAGAAGUCAUUGUCCAAUCUCUAGAACUCAUUAUUCACGAUAUUACUAUGAGAGUAACUGAUUAUUAUGAGGAUUCCAAUCUAGUGCCUUCAGUUCUGGUUAUACAUUAUCACAAUGUUGAAAAGGGAUCACAUUAAAAAAGUGAACCCAUUUAUCUUACUCUGCCCAUCGAAAGUUUCAGGUUGACCAUAGAGGAAAGAGUUCAUUCUAUCUUGAAUCAAAUCCAGGACAAUGAAAUGUUCCCCUUGAUUCAUAUUGGCAUCAGUUGUAGAUACUUUAAACCUAUGAUUCAGGGCAUUCAGAAUCCCAUCACCAUGUUCUUUAAGAAGACCUUAGAACAAUAGGAGUAUGAGAAGUAAACAAGGCUGGCAGAAAUGCAAGAAAAAAUGAUCUCUCCUGAUGAUUACUAUAGUUGUUCGAUUUGUGGACAAGAGAUAAUGAAGAAGGACAAGGAGUCUCAUGAUGAUUUUCAUAUUGCUGAGAACUUGGAUAAGGAAAUGAAUCCCAAGAAAAGAAAAUACAAGAGUUUACAAUAAACUAAUAGUAAUUCAUAAAGUAAUGUAAAUUCCAAAUCAAAAAGUAAAUAACAAGGUUUAACGUCAAUUUUAUAAUUCUUAAAAAAAUAAUGA